AGCCCGCAAAUUGAGCGACAGAAGCGAGGAAGGACCGAGCCCCUCUCCGCCGGAGCUGUUACCGGGAGGCAGUAGCGUCACACACCGAGAGAGCGAGUCCCCCCACCGCCCCGGAGAGAGAGACAGCGAGGAGCCGAGGGAAGGUCCGCCGUGAGCCGCCACGAGAACCGAGCGAUGCCCGCGCUGCUCACCGACGCCCAGUGACACACACACACACACACACACACACACACACGUAUCGUCGACGAGCGGAGAGAGGAAGAGAACCGUGAUUUAAAAAAAUACAGACGCGGACGAACAGAAGCAAACUCAAGCCGCUUAGCUCCGGAGGCUACACCGCGUCGUGCUCCGUGGAUCGACCCCGAGCGGACCGUCGGUUCACUUAAAUGCUUUAACGGCGCGCCGUGUCCCCGGUUCGAGAGAGAGAGAGAGAGAGAGACACGCACACACACAGAGAGAGAGACAGAGGGAGCUCCAGGAGGAAACUAACCGAGCUACAAGAAGAUAUCUGGGGCUUAUUUGUGUUGUUUAAAUUGUAUUUUUCUUCCGUGGAUCCUGGUUCCCGGUACCGCCAUCAAGCUGUGUUCUCUAACCAUGGGAUGUACUCUGAGCGCAGAGGAGCGGGCGGCUCUGGACCGGAGCAAAGCCAUCGAGAAGAACCUGAAGGAGGACGGUCUCACCGCGGCCAAAGAUGUCAAGCUGCUCCUGCUGGGGGCUGGAGAGUCAGGGAAAAGCACCAUCGUCAAACAGAUGAAGAUCAUCCACGAGGACGGCUUCUCUGGUGAUGACGUUAAGCAGUACAAGCCUGUCGUUUACAGCAACACCAUCCAAUCUCUGGCUGCCAUUGUCCGUGCCAUGGACACACUGGGCCUGGAGUAUGGAGACAAAGAACGCAAGGCGGACGCUAAGAUGGUGUGCGACGUCGUCAGUCGUAUGGAAGACACGGAGCCUUACUCUGCUGAGCUGCUCUCCGCCAUGAUGCGCCUGUGGUCCGACUCUGGUAUCCAGGAGUGCUUCAGCCGCGCCCGAGAGUACCAGCUCAACGAUUCAGCGCAGUACUACCUAGACAGCCUAGAUCGGAUUGGUGCAACAGACUACCAGCCGACAGAGCAGGACAUCCUGAGGACCCGAGUGAAGACCACAGGCAUCGUCGAGACACACUUUACCUUCAAAAACCUUCACUUCAGGCUGUUUGAUGUGGGAGGUCAGAGGUCAGAGAGGAAGAAGUGGAUCCACUGUUUUGAGGAUGUCACAGCUAUCAUUUUCUGCGUGGCCCUCAGCGGGUACGACCAGGUGCUGCAUGAGGACGAGACCACGAACCGCAUGCAUGAGUCUCUGAAGCUGUUUGAUUCCAUCUGUAACAACAAGUGGUUUAAUGAUACGUCCAUCAUCCUCUUCCUGAACAAGAAGGACAUCUUUGAAAAUAAGAUCACCAAGUCGCCACUGUCCAUCUGCUUCCCUGAAUACACUGGACCUGACACUUACUUGGAAGGAAUAGCCCACAUCAAGUCUCAGUACGAGAGCAAGAACAAGUCGACCAACAAGGAGGUCUACUCCCAAGUGACCUGCGCUACCGACACCAACAACAUCCAGUUUGUCUUUGACGCCGUCACUGAUGUCAUCAUAGCCAAUAACCUGCGGGGCUGUGGCCUUUACUGAGGAUGCUGUUAAAUGUUAGUCGGCUGAGGAGGGGUGUUUGUAUGACAUGUAUUUACCCCUGUUGGUGUCACAAGGGUAAAUACUUGUGCUGCCCACGUGGUUUAAAUCAUAUGGUUAUGUGGCCUGUCAUGUGACAGGAAGUCAAUAUGGAGGUGUCACAGUACAACUUAGCCACAAGGCUGAUCAUUGGUAUGGCUUGACUUUUAAUUAUUGAAUUGAUUGGUUGGUUGAGACUUCUUUUAAUCUAUUUGCCUUUUUAAUUCCCUUUGUCAGUUCCUUAAGAGGAACCAGCAGCACCGUCCAGUACCACUGUUCUUUGUGUGUUUGUGUGCCUAAAUGCCAAAUGUGUUGCUAGCGUGCUACAGGAAUCUUACACAAUACCUACAGUAAACUCUUGAGGUACACAAGGUUCCUGACAUGUAUUUGUACAUACACAACAGUGCCAUGCUCAUAGACUGAAUGCAGUUCAAGUGCAUCUCUCGUCGAGAUUCAGGAGAAAUCCUUAAAAAUACAGUGGGAAUCACUCUUCUCCUACCCUGAUGUAUUUUUUAUUAAGCUUGAAAUGAUAUACCACAGACCUGUGCCUUAGUCCCAUAAAAGUCUGAUUUAAAACGGCUCUAAACUAUGUCGUACAGUGAGUCCCAUCCAAAGUCAAACUUAUCCCCAGUUUUGUUCUGAAAGAAAUUAUCACUUGACUGUGCCAAAAAAAUAAGAGCACUUUCCGAUGCUUUGUCAUCUAAAACGUAAUUUCAUGGGACAUCCUGCUUUCCUCGUGGUUAAGGCCCAUAACUUAUCAUUGCAAUGUCCCCAUUUUGAUUCCUCUGCAUUUUAUGCCCCUCUCUCUUCUCGUGUAUCUGUAAAACGUGGACUUGUGCCAUGUUGUGAUAUUUGAUAUUUAUUCUGAGUAAAGCUCCUGCUCUGUUGUGUAAGACUGUUGCACUUCGUCUUUGCCCUUUAAACCAUGGAACUUCAUAUAAAUACCUGCGUGCAAACAUGAAAAUAAAAGACAUCGUCAACUAAAUUACAAUCGAUAAUUACAGAUAAGAUAGACGAGUUAUUAACGGACAUAUCACAGAGUUUUUACAGUAAACACCAUUGUUAAUCUGCUCCCUAGAAAUGACCCAGCCAGAGUUCAUACAGUAGAAAUGAAUAGAGUUAUAGUGUUUUAUUCCAAAGCCCAUUGGUUUUAACUGUGGAUGCAUUUCUCUCAGGGGAAGAAUGCUUGUGAUUUGAUUGAACUUCGCUCUCUGGCUUGUCUGAUAAUUUUUUACUUAUAUUCAAUUUAUUGUUCGCAAGGAAGUUGCUAUUCGUGUGAGGAGGAGGCUGUCGUCAUCCUUCAUCACCUCUGGUCAUAUUUUAGGAUCGAUUUUUUUCCAGCCACUUUUUUUUGGGGGGGGGGUGCACGCAUGGAUCCACUAUAAAUAUCAUUUUUUACCAAGAAGUACCAGAGCCAGUGUGCUGACUCCCAGAUAUUGCUUCAAUGGAAGCAUUGAUUUCAAAGGUCCCCAGGGCCGCAUCCAUUGUGUUGGGUUGCACAGUGUAACAUCCCCAUUGUCCACCGCGCCGCCUUAAUAAGCCGGCAGUGAGCUUUGAAAGAUGGGGCUGGUGAGCACAUACAGUCCUGUGGGAUAAGAAAGUCAAGCUUGUGACUAUAGUUUGAGCCUUGAUGUGUCACGGUUUUGCUAAAUGAGUUUCAUUUCUCGUGUCGGGCAGAACUCCCAGAGCUGCCGCAGGAUUGAUGUAGCGCUCAUCUUGGGUGAAAUGGAAUUUGAUGUGUGUAAUUGUUUAAGGACAGUUUGAAUUUGAGGCUUGGUAUUAGAGCCAGAGAGAUGCACCACGAAAAUAUAUAAUCAGCUCCUCCCUCCCCUCUGUUACAAGCAAAAGUUUACAGCGUCAUUUAUUAACUGAGCUCGGUUUGUCUGUGGGACUGUGUUGAAUUAUAGGUUCACUGGUAUGAGUGCUCCCUGGCAAACAGGUAGAGAGUUUCUUUUUUUAUUUAUGAGCAAGGCAUUUAUUCCGCUCUUGCCUCCAAACGCCUCCCUCCGCUCAAGGCUGCCAUCUUUUCUCUAAUCAGGUAGAAGAUGAACUCAGCUCUCCCUCACACAUCUGUGCCAAUGUUUUCUAACUAGAUACAGAGACCUUCCUAAGGUAACAGCCUGUGUGUGUGUGUGUGUGUGUGUGUGUGUGUGUGUGUGUGUGUGUGUGUGUGUGCUGAUUGUAGGAAAGUGUGCGUGCGUUCAUGCUCAUGUGUUGCGUAAGAGACAACAUCAGCCCUUGGGUGUUGCGCUGGAGUCAGUAUCUGCGGAUUAAUUACCCAGAAGGCACCUGUCUACCCUUUCCACACGGACAUGGACACACAUGCACACGCAGGCACUGAAGACACAAACACACCCUUGGGACUCUCAAAAUGUCACAACACCUUACUUGGCAGCACCAGAUAAUACCGCCUCACACAGCCAGAGAGCCUCAGAUGUUUUUAGGUUCUUCUGCCCAACAAGAUGUCUGCUGCCUCUUGUGCUUCGUAUAUUUAGUUCAUCAUCAUCUCCUCAGUCUCAUUAUUUCUACAUGUUAAAAUGACCUUUCUGCAUUUGCUGUUUGAUUGUUGAUUUCAGGACGACAGGAUGUGAGAUAAACAUAAAACAUUGAGAGUGUUUGGCCUGAAGUGAUUGCAGAGAAGAUAAAAGCAGUAAUAAACUUUUGCCCUCUCACUCCUGUCAGUGGUUAGAUCGUGCAAAGAAGCUUCUCUCUUGUUUUAAUGCACGUGUGUGUGUGUGUGCACGUGUUCUCUUUUCUUAGUCACUUGCACAGAUUUCAAAUAAAUAUUUCAAUGAGCGUCUGCGACCUAUGUUUGAGGUUGGUAAUUGUACCUUAGUAGUACAAUAACAUGAUUUUCUUAGAAUAUAUUUGGUUCAGCAUUUGUUGUUGUGAAUCAGGCGAAGAUGCUUGUGGAGACAUUUCUGUUGUAAUUAAUGAAGACACAUGUCUGAGAGCCUAAAGGGCAGGUAGCAGUUGACACAAGCUGUGGAACAACAGGCUGGUGAAAUUUCCAUUCACACUAACUUAGCAGGCUCCCGUUCACAUUUAGGUGAUUUAUUUGCCCUCGUGCCGCUCGGUCGUCGGUCGUCGGCUUCUUUCUUGCCUGUGUCGACCUCAGGAUGUGCUCAGAUCGAUGUGAUUCUACAGCCGUGAUUCUUCUAUCAGAUGUAUUUAAAGUACGAUUAUUUUGAUGUGAUUGACAGUAACUCUGAAAAUGGAAUGAAACACUUAAAAUUGUUAUAGGUGAGACAAUAGCACGGAGGAGAGAGUUAAAUGUCGUGCUUUGUUUGAGCUUCAGCCAACUGAGCUCAGUGAUACAAACAAGAUGAGAGAGGUCUCAUCUCACAUAUGAUCCUCUGAUGAUCUUUGAUUCUUAAAAGGAAACAUCUUCUCUUUCCCUCUCUGACCCACUCUGUCUGCAACACUGCCACCAAAAGCUGUUAGUGGUUUAUAAGGUGAAGACAGGGUUGAUGCUUCCGCAGUGUGUGUUUGUGUGUGUGUGCAUGUGCUUUUCAAAACCCGUCCCUGCUCCUGAUGAAUGACUAAUAAACCUCAAACAACCAGUGGGAAAUCAUAUCAACAGGCGAGGCCAAGAGGAUAGUGGGUAAUGUAGUUUAUGUCUUGCUUCGGCCCCAACAAGAAAUCAUGGUUUUCCCAUAUGAAAGCAGAGAUUUGUGGGUAAUGCAGUCUGAGGCCAUGCCACGGAGGGUUUAUGGGCAGUACCAUUUUUUUCCAGUGGCUGCCUGUGGUGUGGAUGAUAAUAGCAGAGGUCCUUUCAGGUAACGCAGGUCUUGUGAUGUUUUUCUGAGCGGCAGCUGCUCUUCCCAAAAAAAAAAAUGUUUGCACCUGCUAGCUUUUAAAAAACCGUGUUGAAAUGUCACAAUGGCCAAAUUUAGAGCUAUUCAGACUGAGUAGUUCAAUCUUCCCACAUUGAUUUAAACAAGCUCGUGUCAUGUUUCUUCUUUGCUGCCGUAUUUAUGCUUCAAAUUUAGAGAUAAGAGUUUUGCCUGCAAAUACUUUGAUCCCAAAGCAUCUGCACUGGUAAUGUCCUCUCACUCUCACCGCUGCAGCUCUUUUAGCUUUUUAACGUUGUUUAUCUCAUCCGUCCGAACCAAACAACACCUGUCUAUACUGUACAGAUCACCUGAAGCAAAUGUGUUUAUUUGCACGUGUGUGUGUGUAUGUAUGUCUGAGCAAGUGCUGUAUUUCACUGAGCACAGAGUAAAAAUGAGUCUGCUGUAACUCCGUCACUGCUGUGAUAAUUUAUUGAACGUUGUAUUUAUACGUAAAAUAAACCAUAAUAAAGGCCCA